UGAUUCAGUUUAUUGGUUAAUGGUUAUCGAAUUUUAAAUCGUUAACCAGGGCCGGCUCUGCCUAUAAUUCCACCUAAUAAUAAUUGAGAGAUAUUGUGGAAUAAUUGAGUUUGUAAUUAUAACAACUCCAUCAAGUCAAGCUUUGUGCUUCUUACAGUCAGCUGUCCAUAUUACAUCGAUCUUACUUUAUAGAUUUAUUGCUUACAACAAUUCCACCAAUCUACACUCCCUCCACAUAGAUGGCUGAAGCUUUCCUUCAAGUUCUGUUAGACAAUCUGACUUGUUUCAUCCAAGGGGAACUUGGAUUGAUUCUUGGUUUUAAGGAAGAGUUCGAAAAGCUUAAAAGCACGUUUACUACAAUCCAAGCUGUGCUAGAAGAUGCUCAGAAGAAGCAAUUGAAGGACAAGGCAAUAGAAAAUUGGUUGCAGAAACUCAAUUCUGCUGCAUAUGAAGCUGAUGACAUCUUGGAUGAAUGUAAAACUGAGGCACUAAUUAGACAGAAGAAGAAAUAUGGGUGUUAUCAUCCAAACGUUAUCGCUUUCCGUCACAAGGUUGGGAAAAGGAUGAAAAACAUUAUGGAGAAACUAGAUGAUAUUGCAGCGGAACGAAUUAAGUUUCAUUUGGAUGAAAGGACUAUAGAGAGACAAGUUGCUACACGCCAAACAGGUUUUGUUUUAAAUGAACCACAAGUUUAUGGAAGAGACAAAGAAAAGGAUGAGAUAGUGAAAAUCCUAAUAAACAAUGUUAGCGAUGCCCAAACACUUUCAGUCCUCCCAAUACUUGGUAUGGGGGGACUAGGAAAGACGACACUUGCACAAAUGGUCUUCAAUGAUCAGAGAGUAAUUGAGCAUUUCCAUCCCAAAAUAUGGAUUUGUGUCUCGGAAGAUUUUAAUGAGAAGAGGUUGAUAAAGGAAAUUGUAGAAUCUAUUGAAGAAAAGUCACUUGGUGACAUGGACUUGGCUCCACUUCAAAAGAAGCUUCAGGACUUGCUGAAUGGAAAAAAAUAUUUGCUCGUCUUAGAUGAUGUUUGGAAUGAAGAUCAAGAUAAGUGGGCUAAGUUAAGACAAGUCUUGAAGGUUGGAGCAAGUGGUGCUUUUGUUCUAACCACUACUCGUCUUGAAAAGGUUGGAUCAAUUAUGGGAACAUUGCAACCAUAUGAAUUGUCAAAUUUGUCUCAAGAAGAUUGUUGGUUGUUGUUCAUGCAACGUGCAUUUGGGCACCAAGAAGAAAUAAAUCUUAAUCUUGUGGCUAUCGGAAAGGAGAUUGUGAAAAAAUGUGGUGGUGUGCCUCUAGCAGCUAAAACUCUUGGAGGUAUUUUGCGCUUCAAGAGAGAAGAAAGACAGUGGGAACAUGUGAGAGAUAGUGAAAUUUGGAAAUUGCCUCAAGAAGAAAGUUCUAUUCUGCCUGCCCUGAGACUUAGUUACCAUCACCUUCCACUUGAUUUGAGACAAUGCUUUGCAUAUUGUGCAGUACUCCCAAAGGAUACCGAAAUGGAAAAGGAAAAUCUAAUCUCUCUCUGGAUGGCACAUGGUUUUCUUUUAUCGAAAGGAAACUUGGAGCUAGAGGAUGUAGGUAAUGAAGUAUGGAAUGAAUUAUACUUGAGGUCUUUCUUCCAAGAGAUUGAAGUUAAAUCUGGUAAAACUUAUUUCAAGAUGCAUGAUCUCAUCCAUGAUCUGGCUACAUCUCUGUUUACGGCAAGCGCAUCAAGCAACCAUAUCCGUGAAAUAAAUGUAAAAGGUUACCCACAUAUGAUGUCGAUUGGUUUCGCAAAAGUGGUGUCUUCUUACUCUCGUUCUCACUUGCAAAAGUUUGUCUCGCUGAGGGUGCUUAAUCUAACUUACAUAGGACCGAAGCAGUUACCGUCUUCCAUUGGAGAUCUAGUACAUUUAAGAUACUUGAACCUGUCUAGCAAUGAUAGAAUUAGUAGUCUUCCAAAGCAGUUAUGCAAGCUUCAAAAUCUGCAGACUCUUGAUCUACAUGACUGCUGGUCACUUUCUUGUUUCCCAAAAGAAACAAGUAAACUUGGUAGUCUCCGAAAUCUUUUACUUGAUGAUCACAAUGAAUUGAAUUCUAUGCCACCAAGGAUAGGAUCUUUGACAUGCCUUAAGACUCUUGGUUGCUUUGUAGUGGGAAGGAAGAAAAGUUCUCAACUUGGUGAAUUACGAAACCUGAAUCUCUACGGUUCAAUUGAAAUCACGCAUCUUGAGAGAGUGAAGAAUGAUAUGGAUGCAAAAGAAGCCAAUUUAUCUGCAAAAGAAAAUCUGCAUUCUUUAAGCAUGAGAUGGGAUGGCGAUGAACGUCCACAAGGAUAUGAAUCAGAAGAAGUUGAAGUGCUUGAAGCCCUCAAACCACACUCCAAUCUGACUUGUUUAACAAUCAGUGGCUUCAGAGGAAUCAGUCUCCCAGACUGGAUGAAUCACUCAGUUUUGAAAAAUGUUGUCUCUAUUGAAAUCAGGGAUUGCAAAAACUGCUCAUGCUUACCACCCUUUGGUGAGCUGCCUUGUCUAGAAAGUCUAGAAUUAUGGAGUGGGUCUGCGGAAUUGGAGUAUGUUGAUUCUGGAUUCCCUACAAGAAGAAGGUUUCCAUCUCUGAGAAAACUUAUUAUAUCCGAUUUUGAUAAUCUGAAAGGAUUGCUGAAACAGGAAGGAGAAGAGCAAUUCCCUGUGCUUGAAGAGAUGGAGAUUCGUUGGUGCCCUAUUUUUGUUAUUCCGACCCUUUCUUCUGUCAAGAAAUUGGUAGUUCGUGGGGACAAGUCAGAUGCAAUAGGUUUCAGUUCCAUAUCUAAUCUCAGGGCUCUUACUUCCCUCCAAAUUAGCUAUAACGAAGAAGAUACUUCACUCCCAGAAGAGAUGUUCACAUGCCUUGCAAAUCUCAAAUACUUGAAUAUCUCUAAGUUCAAGAAUCUCAAAGAGCUGCCUACCAGCCUGGCUAGUCUCAAUGCUUUGAAGCAUCUGGAUAUUAUUCGGUGUGAUGCACUAGAGAGUCUCCCCGAGGAAGGGGUGAGAGGUUUAACUUCACUCACACAGUUAUCCAUAGUACACUGUGAGAUGCUACAGUGUUUACCGGAGGGAUUGCAGCACCUAACAGCCCUCACAAAUUUAUCAGUUAUGGGAUGUUCAACACUGGCCAAGCGAUGUGAGAAGGGAAUAGGAGAAGACUGGUACAAAAUUGCUCACAUUCCUCAUGUGUUUAUCAGUUAAGUCUUAUUCCUAAUUAGAUGUAAUUUUCUGAUUUUCUUUUGGAUGCAAAUCAACUAUUUGUAAGAUCUAUUUGUAUUA